AUCCACGCAGCGGAAUACAAUGUGGACGUAACGAACGGCUCGCAAACCUAACAGGGAAACAAUCAGCGCCCGUUCGUCGCUUGCACAGAUGACAAUGCGGUGAUGGCUGGAGGUCAACAUGGCAUGCCCGGCACCGCUGCACCAGGUGUGCAGUCUGAGAAAAACGCAUACAGCGACGACAGACCUAUGAAUGUGCAGCCUACAGUGCAAGGCGGUGUAGCAGUCGGCGGACAGAGCGAUCUUCCUGAAGGCAAGGCUUAGCUGACGAAUAAGAUCAUUGGCAAGGCACGCAACGUGCCACUGGCAGUGAUAGAGCUUUGCAUUCUCAUUAGCAUAUGUUGAUAUAUACUCGCCAGACUGCCGGCAAAGCCAUUCACAACCCUGAUCUGCACAAGGGAGGACUCUGUGAAGCAGAAGGCAAGGGUGCCGUCAAAGGCGA